UCAACCCUUGGAAUCUGCGUAUUUUAUGGGCUGGGCUACAUUAUUCUUCCCCUGUUAGCAUAUUUUCAUCGAGGCUGGAGGACGCUGCUGCUCGCAAUGUCCCUUCCAGGACUGCUUUAUAUACCAUUGUGGUGGUUUAUACCCGAGUCACCAAGAUGGCUGCUUUCUCAAGUCCGAGUUGAAGACGCAGAAGCAAUCAUUCGAGCAGCUGCCAAGAAAAAUGGCAUUACACCACCAGAGAAUUUAUUUAAGGGAGAGGAAUCCAUGGAGUUUUUGCAGCUAACCUCUAAAGAGAAGAACCAACAUUCAUACAUCUACAUUGAUCUUAUUAGAACAACUAACAUAAGGAAUGUGUGCAUCAUUACCUUCUUCAUCUGGAUGGUUAUUACCAUCGGCUACUAUGGCUUAUCCUUGAGCACUUCAACCAUGGUUGGGGAUCCAUAUAUAAACUGCUUCAUUGCAGCAGCCACAGAGACUGCAGCCUACAUUUCGACCUGGGGCAUCUUAAAAUGUACUCCCCUGCGCAUUGCCUUUUCCAGCACGUUACUUCUUGGUGGAGCUGUGCUGCUACUCAUCCAGCUUGUUCCUUCCAUCGUCUGGAACAUGGGGGUGGGUGCGUGAUCCAUGGCAUCCAGGACUGGUGGCAUCAUCGCUCCAUUCAUCGCCUUCAUCGGGACAUAUAAUAAAGCCCUGCCUUACAUCCUGAUGGGAAGCAUUAUGAUAGCUGUAGGUCUCCUGGCCCUGUUUCUACCGGAAACAAGAAGUCUGACUCUGCCUGAGAAAAUCAGUCAAGUACCCCCACUUACAUGGUAUGUUUCAUAUCAUCACCUGUAACAAUCAAAAAGUAUUGUACAGUAUUUGUUCAUAGUUCCAUGCAGUGCCAUUAAAUUGAUUUAAUUUAUCCAUGUCACUAAUAACCAGGUGUUUAUAAAACCGUAACAUGCACGUAUCUGAUUACCCCUGUUACACAUCUCUGACUACACCCGAUCUAUUGGUUGGAAAUGUGCAUACACUCAGCAGAGGGUAGUUUGGAGAAUGCUGUAAGCUCUGCAGUUAUGGUGUUCACCACCAAGCAGGGAUGCCAACAGGCUUCAGAAUUUACGGACACUUUAAGCCAGGUCAGGUUUUUUAACUUGUCUCUCAAAAGGCAAAUUAAUUGGUUUUUGCUGAACAUGUAACACGAGUGUAAAUUGUGUGAGCUGUCGCUAAAGGAAUGUAAUUGUUUAGCUAACUAUUACUAAAAGCACACACCUGUCUGAGGGCGGGGAUUACAUCCUGUGAGGAUCGUUUCCAUCAAUCAGACCUACACAGCUUGCUGAUUUGCUGUA